AGUCAAUCGGUGUCCGACCGAAACGAAAGAUCUCGCUUUUCAUUGAAUAAAGAAAAAAUAAAGUAAAAUUUUAAUUAAAUUAAAUUUUGCAAAUAAUAAAUAAAUUUAUUCUCAAAUCACUUGAUUAAAAUUAGAAUUUAAGAAGAAUUUCAUACAAAUACAGUAAAUUUUUCAUAACGAAUUAAGUAAAACGAACCCACAACCACUAAAUAAAUAGUUUAAAUAAUAAAAUAAAUCAAUUUCACACUAAAUAAAUAGAAAUAUAUACAACGAACAAACCAACCACAAUUUUUGUCAAAUAACGGUAAAAACUACACUACAAAACGAACUUAUUAAGAAAGCAAUUUUUUAUUAAGAGAAAGAAAAUUAAUAAAAAAUACAACUAAAGAGAAAAUAAUUAACAUAGCAAAAAACCACGCGUUUAACGGUAAAUCAAAGCAAUUAAAAAUAAAUAACAUUUCUACGAAAUAUACACAAAAUUCAUUUAAAAUAAACAUUUUUGCAAAGAGGAAAUACUAAAUCCUCCUUUAAAUACACAGUUAGAAACAAUUUAGUAGUAUUAAUUUAAAAGUGACGUCAUUUCCCGUUUUUAAAACAACACGAAUUAUUUAUUUAUUAUUAAAUGCACUACUUUACAUUAUAAUUAAUAUAAGAAGAUAAAGCAAAAUUUUACAUUAUAACACAAAAAAAACAUUGCAAAAUUUUAUAAGAAACGUCUAAAAAGUAAAAGAAAAGAAAAAUAAUUUUCUCAAAUGAAAUAAACAGUGUGUACGAUAAUAAAACCGACAAAAGUGCCAUACAUAAAAGGAUAUUUAAGAAGCAUAAACGUUAAGGAUUAUUAAUCAAAGGAUUCAAAAAGUUUUGUUAAACGCCAUAAAUGAAUCCAACGAAGUGCCAUACCGGAAAUAGUAAAUGUUGAAAGGAAAAUACAAAAUAAAACCAAGCUGAAUUAUAAUAAUAUUUUACAACAUUUAUUUUGUUUAUAUUUUUUUUUUUAAAUACAUACAUAAUACUACAAUAACAACAACCAUUGCUAUAAAUUCUUUUUUACAUUAAAGAAGAAAUAGCAAAGACAAUAAUAAUACCCUAAAACUAAAUAGAGAAAAGCUUAAAUUACACCCGCAGAAACAAAACAAAAGUACCUUUAACCACCUAUUUAUUGGAAAAAAAAGUACGAAUUAUUUUAAAAUUAAGCUCUCACUUUUAAAAUCACAUUGUAUAACAAAAGCUUUUUACGUUUUAUUGCACAUUUAAACGUACACACAUAAUACGUUUUAAAAGAAACUAAAGAAAAAUAAGAGAUUACUUUCGCUAACUUAAGAGAGAAAGAAAGAAAGGUCGGACCUAUUCUUGAAUGAAAAAUUAAUGAAAUUGUCAAACGAACUUCAUACAAUCCCCCAAGAAGUUGUAUGAAUUAUAUACAUAUGAAAAAUGGCAGAUAAAAUGACCAAAACGACCUCUAGCAUAUCGUUAGAUAAACAACCUGUAAAUAUGACAAAAACAACUUCACCCCACAUGCCCAAUAGGGGUGAAGUACUUCUAGUGACUAGGCUGGCAGAGAACAUAACCGACAGCUACAGAAUGGUUAAGCAAAAACAGCAAAAGUUUAAUGAUCUAACCAAUCAACAGCCCAUUAAGAGAGCUAACAAUGAAAGCUCUAACAACACAAAGCUCUUAAAGCCCAUUUUGAAAACACCCACAGAUGAGUGGCAAGAAGUUUGUUCACCCAAAAAUAAACUUAAACGUAAGAAAACUUUAUCAGCUUCCCUAACUUCAGUCACGGAUUCUGUGAAUCAGGAGAAGAGAACACGCAUCGAGGGCAUGCAGUUGAACUGUAGAGGUAGACUACAUAUCAAAGAAAAUAUACAAAAUUCUGCAUCUACUACAGCCACAACUGUUAAUCCCACCGCCACUCCAGUACCCUCUAGAACAGAAAGACUGGCCGGCAAACCACCCUUGCCACCCUCCUCCAAACAAACUAACACAGAAUCCAAGGCAUUGGUAAAUCCUCCACCUAGACUUAAACGCAAACUUCAGGAAAAUGUUCAGACCAUACAAAAGCUUAAUGCUCUCACAGAGCAGCUGCGUUUGGAAAUCAAUGAACUUAAAUCGAGUUUAACUACCGAAAAAGGAGCUGUACGAGUUUUAAGAGCCCAAAAUGAAUCUGAAGCACGUAAAUGGAAAACUGAAGUGAAAAAGCUGCAAAAUGCUGUAGAGCUUUUAAAGAAGGCUGGUGCUAAUAAGAAAUGUGAUACAGCCAGCACAAAUAAUGACAACUUGCCACAGGCUGCCAUGGGUGGCCUGGUCAACUAUGAAAUACAAAGACUGACCAAUGAAAUAAGUACCCUAAAAGAAGCUAAUAAAGCUUUAGAGGAAAAGAAAGUGAUUAAUUGCGACGCUGAUAGACGUAAAGCAGCUGAUAUACGCGAAUUAAAAGAUUCUUAUGAAAUCCGAUUGACUCAAAUACAAAAAUCUGCCAAAAAUGAAAUAUCACGAUUGCUGGAGGAAAUAAAAACUAAAGAACGUAAUAUUGGGCAACUAAAAAAGGAUUUACAAAUUUUACAAAAUUCUAAAACCACUAGCAGAAAUGCAACGACUAAUAAUACUAAUCUAACGAAUAAAACGACGAAUUCAAAUGCAAAAAUAAAUCAAAAUAAUAAAAAACCAAAGAGCAGCCUCACAAAUGCUGCAAACAACAAACAAAACGAAGAAUCUUCCAAAGAUAAAGAAUCUUCCAAAGAAACAACUACAGCAACAACGAAAAACAAGGAUUUAAUUAAAAAAGCUGAAAAUUCUGAGAUUUCCAAACUCAAGAAUAUUGAGCUGAUAAAUAAUACAAAAAAUGUCACAACGAAUCUACAAAAAUCAACUAAAAUACUCAAUACACAACAUCACAACAACCAAAAUAAUAAUAAUGCAAAAGAAACAGAAAUUGUUGAAAAUAACAAUGACCAGAAUACAAUAACCAUCAUACACAAACAUUUAAAGGCCCUAGAAAUACCAGAUUUGCAUAACCACAAUAACAAUAAUAACAGCAACAACAAGAACCAGAAUGAUCAUAAUGACAAUGAUGGCCACAGUUGUUGCAUGAAUUUGUUGCAUAAAAAACAUGAACCAUUAUUACUGACAACGGCAACACAAACAACCGACACCUCAUCCUUAAUAAAUUCCACUAGAAAUAUGACUGCAACAGCCACGGCAACGGCAACAACACAAACACCAAAUACUCCAUUAACAACAGCCACAUUAAUGGCCACGUCAAUAGCAGCAACAGCAUGCGAUGAAACAGAUCAUUUUGAUGAACAACACAUAACACAAGAAUUAACACAGCAUUUACAAAAUAAAGCCAUACAAGAUGCUAAAGAGAAUCAUGAUCACGAUCAUCGUCAUCAUCACAGACAUCAUCACCACCACCACCAUCAUCAUCACAACAAUCAUUCGGAUUCCGAUUCAGCUUUAUCCUCCGCACCAACCAGUAUAAGUCCUCAACCACCGGCAAAUGGUGAAGAACCCACAGAUUUAUGGCAAACGAUGCGCAGCUAUACCCAUGACAUUGAGAAGCUACAAAAAGAAGUUGACUUAAUGCAAAAGCAAAAUGAGCAUCUUAAACAAGAACUAAAUAUGGCCAAGGAUCAAAUUAUUGAAUUGGAAAGCAAUGCCAUGGAGAGUGCUAACAACUCGAAAAUACCACAAUUAAUGGAACGCAUUAAGUAUUUGGAGGAUCAGGAGCAUGAACUGCAGGCAGAGGCCAAUGAUUUGCGUGAACAAAAUGAAUUAUUAGAAUUUAGAAUACUCGAAUUGGAAGAGACUAAUGAUAAGUGGUCGCUUCAAAGCAACACAAAUCCCACAUCCGAUACAUCGGAGUCCAUGCAAACUACCACUGUAGCUAAUAACACACAAAAUCUAUGGUCUUGUCCGAGUGGUCUGAACAGCAACAACAACUGUAAACCCGAUCCAUUCGAAAUGCUAUUCGGCAAUAACAGUCACACCAGUCAAAAUACACACAGUAUACAGCUUGAUUCGGGCAUAAUAUCGCCUCAGAGUCAACAUCAUCACGAUGAUUUGAUAGACAUAUCCAAUGAGGAAUUGUGUCGACGUUUAGGGGAUCUUUUGAAAAAAUCCUCACUGGAGGAAGAUGAAAGGCAUUGUUUGCAGCAAGUAUUGAAUUUGGUGCAACAAUUGGAUGCCUUGACACCCAGAAGUGGUCCCAAUUCCCUAAAUGCCACAUCAUCCAGUGAUGAGGCCAGUAGUUUGGACUUGGUCAAAUCACGCAUAUCGGACUACAGUUCAGCAUCUUCCGCCUCCACUACCAGUGGCCGUUCAACGUACGAUAACAGCAGUGUAAACUCAACGAAAGGCAACAAUAGCAAUUCAUCAAACUCCACCACACCGUCACGUAUUGUGGCCACAGUCCAGCCCUACAACAGCACAGCUCCUUAUAUACCCAGCAACAGCCAUCAACUAGCACCGAACAAUACACCCACAGAUUCGCCGCGCAAAGUACGCUGCCAACCCUGGCAAACGAGCAGUCUUAGCGAGAGCGGUGUAUUUGUGGAGUCGGACUUCUAUAGCGAUUCGAGUGAGAAUAACGUUUGUACGCAGACCGACUUUGAGGACGGCGGUGGCAUUUCCACUUAUUCUCCACAUCACAUUUUCAACUCACCCACCAAAAAGGUACCUGUACAACAGCAAAACUCUUCCAGUUUAACCGAACAAAAACGCCUGCAAUAUUACAAAGAACGCGUAGAAGUGCUCGAAGGCAAAGUGCUCAUCUAUGAGAGUUCGGGUGACGUGCAAGCCAAGCGCCUAGCCGAACGUUUGCAACGGGAAAUUCUGCUCGAAAAGGAGGUUAAUGAACUGAGGGAUAGAGUAGAGUUUCUGGAGAGUGAGAACUCUACGUUAGAGGAGGAGAAGUGUGAAUUUGAGGAGGCUGAAAACGACACCAGACUUCGUUUACAGAGACUCGAAGUCGAGUUGGAGAUUUUAAGCCAACGCAACAUUGAGCUGGAAAUGUCCAGAGAGGCACUAAGUGCCAAGUACAAAGACUGUCACUCAGAGUGUUUAAUAUUACGCGACGAUUUAGCUACCAGUGAGACACAAAUCCGUCACUUGGAAGAGGACAAACAGAAGGCCAAAGAGAAUUUAGAGUUUUUACACAACACUUUGCCAUUGCUGCUGGUUUGCAAUACCUACUGCACCUUGGCUCAAGUGCAAAAUCAAAACGAGACCAUGGGCAACCAAGGCUCCAACAUGAAUUUAGCCAACUCCCCCACCCGUUUCUCUGCUGGAGGUUUUGAGAAAGACUUCUUGAAGGCAUCCGAAACAUCCAUUUGCCAGGAAAGGGAACUGCAUUAUUUAAAGGAGGAAGUCAAAUGUCUGAGACAUCAAAUCAGAGACAUACACUUACGUCAUUAUGCUGCCAUGGAAUCAGCCGAUUCUCAUUGGGUCGACCUCGAAAGAGAGUACAAGGAACGUGAGGAGCAGUGCAGUGCUAAAGAAAUGUGCCUUAAGCAAAAGAUACAACAAUUGCAAGACUGUUUAAGAGAAGAUGCUCGUUCGGCCAAUGAGAAAAUCUGUCAACUCGAAGAAGCUGAACAAGGUUUGAAAACCUGUUUAGUGAGAGUUUCCAAGGAUCACCAGAAACUGCUAGAAGAUCACCAAUUAAUGGUGUCUGAAUUUGAACGUUUCAAAGAACAACAUGAACAAGUUAGAGAGCAACAAAAGCCCCUAACCGAAGCUCUCGAAAGCGAAAAGAGACGCAAUAAGGGUCUUAUUGAUGAGUUGACAUUUAUGCGCAAACUUCAACAUGAAACCGAAAGUCAAGCCAAAAAAGAAUUGGAAAGUGUGCGUGGUCAAAUGUUUGAUCUGAAAAAAGAUUUUCUUCAUAUAGAAGUAACAAAUGGUGAGCUGCGGGAAGAAGUAGCCACUCUUGAAUUACAAAUUCAAAAUUUGGAAAAAGAACAGCGGGAAAGUGAAGAAAAAAUUCGUUGUCUGACCGAUGAGAUCAGAACCAAAGAUGAAAUCUGUCAAAAAUUGGAAAAACGUUUGGAACGUUCGGAUGGUUAUAGUCUGGCCGAUGAGUUGGGCGAUUCACCUUCAAAACGUUUUAAGCGUGAAGAUGUCAAAGAUCUAAAAUCUGCCAGUAAAGGUUUGGGUCAAGCUUUAAGGCAUAUGGGGGACUGCGAACGCAUGCUGCCCACUCAAAAACAGUUCAAAACUAUAGCUCGUGAUGUUAAAAAGUUGGCGGAUACUUUGCUACAGGGUGAUGCCCCAGAAGAAGAGUUGCUGAAACAAAUCGAAGCCGAACUCAAUGAACGGUUAAUGAUAUUUCAUAAUCAUCAAAAGGAAUCUGAGUUUUAUUGCACUGUCUACUAUCCCGUUAAGAGAAAAAGUGCCCCGGAUAUUACUCAAUUGUAUAAACGAUGAAGCUGACAUGUUUUC